AUGUCCAGCCCCUCACCUUCCGCCGCUGGUGAGUCCCAGCAGGGAAAGCAGAUCCAUUUCAAGUUCUGCCGCGAGUGCUCCAACUUGCUCUAUCCCAAGGAAGACCGUGCCACCAAUCAACUCAUGUUCACCUGCCGCACCUGUCACGUCGGCGAGCCGGCCACCUCCUACUGUGUAUACCAGAACAAGCUCCACAGUCAAGUGGGAGAUACGGCUGGUGUGACCCAGGAUGUGGGCUCCGACCCCACGCUCCCACGAGCGAACAAAACAUGCCCCAGUUGCCUCGAAACGGAGGCUGUCUUCUUCCAGUCGCAACAAAGAUCCGCCGAGACCGGAAUGAAACUUUACUACGUCUGCUGCGCAUGCGGUAAUGUCUACAUGUGA